AUGGGAAUGAAGAGCACGCAGGUGCAGGUUCUCGCCGUGCUGCUGCUGGCGUGCGCCGUCGCCGCCCAGGAGUCGGCGGGGUCGGAGGCGGAGAGGAGGCGCCUCCUGGCCAACGGGCUCGGCAACACUCCACCCAUGGGGUAGGCAUCAUCUCGACGUGACUUCCAUGGAGGGAAGAUAUGUCCUGUAAAACAUGAGAGUGAUUCUCUUCUGCUCUUCUCACUGCUCGUCUGCAUGUGUAUCUUAUCUAUUGCAGGUGGAACAGCUGGAACCAUUUCCACUGCAUCAUCAACGAGACUGUCAUCAGAGAAACAGGUUGCCUUGAUGCUGCUGUUCAUCCUCUCGAUUAGUCAAACUUUCUAGAUGUAAAAACUGCUUUAAUCGUAGUUCUUCGCUGAUGAAACAGCUGACGCAUUGGUUUCCACUGGGCUAUCCAAGCUCGGGUAUCACUAUGUUAAUAUAGGUUUGCUACCUUCUAUAUUCAACUAACUGUUUCAACUUUAUUAUUCCUCUAAAUGGCCAUGUUGAUUUCUACUAUCAGAGAACUCUGAGGGGGGCUCAUUUUUUAUUUUUUUUCUGGUGUUCAAUAGAUGAUUGCUGGGCUGAGCUCAAUCGUGAUGCGGAGGUUUGUUUCUCUUCUGCAUUUUUUUCGUUAAGAAAGAAACACGCUUCUGUUCUUGCUUUUUUUAUUAUUAUUAUUGGAUUAUGGUGAUCAUUAUGCCGUGAUGAUCUUAGCAUCUCAGUAUAUUCUCUUUGAAACCCAGUCACAGAUCCCCCCCGCCCCAUUCCCUCCCAAAGAGGGAAAUAAAUUUAUCCCUGGACUUCUUCAUUUUUGCACCACAUUCGUCGACAUUUUAGACUGACGGUGGACAUUAAUGUCUAAAGGGAAAUCUGGUGCCAAGAAAGUCAACGUUUCCUUCAGGAAUGAAGGCUCUUGCGGAUUAUGUUCACAGCAAAGGGCUCAAGUUGGGGAUCUACUCAGAUGCAGGGUACUAAAUAGCGAUCUUCAUCAGUGACCCCCCUUGAGCUCUGAUAAACUAAUAAUCUUCGAGAAGUUCUGAGGGGAUUCUUGUCGUUGGCAGGUACCUAACCUGCAGCAAGACCAUGCCAGGCUCACUAGGCUAUGAGCAGAAGGAUGCCGAUGCCUUUGCUGCUUGGGUAAGAUUCGGCUUCCAUGGGAUUCCCAGAGAUUAACUUCUCUCAAGCUUUGGAAUUAGUUUCUUCUCGAUUUUAAACAAUAAUAAUCAUAAAGAUCAUUCUUCGAAUAUAUCACCCAUACAGGUCUUUUUUCUUGGGCAAGACUGUAAUUCCAUGGAUUAAUGUCUUCGCUAUUUUUUCAAAAUGAAUAAUCUUGAUCACCCUUCAGAAGCGUUACCCAUGGAGGCCUUCCCUAUCUUUUGGAACACCUUGAGGGUUAUCUUCUAAUGGCGGCUCUGGUGUGUGUGCAGGGCAUUGAUUAUCUCAAGUACGACAAUUGCAACAACGGAGGCUCAAGACCCACAGUGCGGUGAUCGCCCUUUCUUGACCAUUCUGCCUGUUCACACCGUUAAAAUCUCAGGGUCCUCGUACUGAUUAUCAUUAUAUUAUUUCUAUUUUUAGGUAUCCUGUGAUGACCAGAGCUCUCAUGAACGCAGGACGCCCGAUCUUCUUCUCCCUUUGUGAAUGGUACCGAGCGUUUCAGCCAGCAUUAUUUCCAGUAGUAAUGAUUAAAAGCGUUUGAUAAAUUUUAAAAUUAUUUGGAAAAACCCAUUACUUAUAUAUAUAUAUAUAUAUACUUUAAAUGUAUAAAUUGAUGUAUUAUCCUGGACCAGGGGGGAUCUGCAUCCAGCCCUAUGGGGGUUCAGGAUAGGCAACAGCUGGAGAACCACUAAUGACAUAAAUGAUUCAUGGGAGAGGUAAAGAUCUUAGCUUUAAUAUUAGCUUUAACAUCAUUUUGAUGAAAAUUGAUUUUCUAUAUAUAUAAAAAAAAAUCUUGCAGCAUGGUUUCCAGAGCUGACGAGAAUGAGGUGUAUGCUGACUACGCAAGACCCGGUGGCUGGAAUGGUUGGUUCUUUGCUGUCUUUGGAAACUUUUCCUGGAAAUUAGGUACUCAGCUUACAAGAAGAAGAAAAAAUCCGUUUUUUAUUGCUUGGUUUCUUUCUUCAGACCCAGACAUGCUUGAAGUCGGCAAUGGAGGAAUGACUAAAGGCGAGUACAUCGUGCACUUCAGCCUCUGGGCCAUUUCCAAGGUGCUAUAAUAGCCCAAAAAGUCAACAUAUUAUCCCAAAUAUGCACCAUUUCCAGUUAUUCCAUGUUCUUCCACAGGCCCCGCUCUUGAUUGGAUGCGAUGUGAGGAACAUCACCGGGGAAACCAUGGAGAUCCUCUCCAACGAGGAGGUCAUUGCCAUCAACCAAGGUAGAGAUGUUCUUCCAAGCGGGAUCUAAUGAGGAAUAUUCACUGUGGGGAUUUGAAUUGUUCAAAGGAGGAAAAGACAGGCAUUGGCUCAGAUUAUUGACAUGAUCUUGCUGUCCGACGUCUUUGAGCAGAUCCCCUUGGCGUUCAAGCGAAGAAGGUCAGGAUGGAAGGAAACCAGGAGGUACAGCUCUGAAUCUGAAUCAGGUCGCAUGAAAUCUGUGCUCUCUGUGUUUGUCCCUAGGCAUCUGCGGCGACUGAAUCAGUUCGUCUCCUCAGAUCUGGGCGGGCCCGCUCUCCGGAUAUAGAACCGCUGUUCUCCUCUUGAACAGAGGCGAAGAAGACAGCGAGCCCAUCACCGCCAAUUGGGACGACUUGGGUAUUCCCCCUGAUACACUGGUAGAAGCGAGAGAUGUCUGGAAGGUGAGCUCCGAGAGCUGCUCAAGUUUCUCCAAAUCCCCUUUCUUUCUGCAUUCCUCUUCUUUGUGAUCUGCCUUGACCUUUCUUCUUCUUUUUUUAUCAUGGGCUGUCGAAUUGUGACUCUAUUUUGCGUGGAUUCCUGCAGCAUGAGACGAUGAAGCAGUACCUGAAGAACGAACUGACCACAACUGUAGGCCCCCAUGCCUGUAAGUUGUUCAUACUCACGCCAGUAAUGCCGGCUCAGUGA